AUUUUAUUGUACAAAUAUUCAUCUUCUGCUCAAAAAUACUUAUUUUGUUUACAUCAAAUCGAAAACAAAAAUGGUGAAAUAUGAGGAUUUGCGGAAGCAGAGAUUGGAAGAAAACAAGAAAAGAAUGGAAGAACUUAAUCUUCCUCUGCUUACUCAAGCUCUAAAAAAUUCAACUUCCCCAAAAACUACUCCUAUGAAGAGGACAAAGCCUCGUGUUGUUGGAACAGAGCUAGUUGCUGUGCGAAGAUCACCUCGUGUAGCUAAAAGCCCUGCUCCUGAAUACAAAGAAGUGAUUCAUUAUGAAAGAGUGAUGAUACCAAGAAGGUUGGCUACACCAACGAAGAGGGAUAGGUUGUUUUUUGCGUAUGCUUCUGAUGAAGAAAGGGCUGCUUCGAUAGAGAAAGCUGAGAAACUUGAAGCAAGUCUUGGAUCAGACUAUCCUAUAUUAGUUAGACCAAUGCUUCCUUCCCAUGUUUCUGGAGGUUUUUGGCUGGGUCUCCCAUCGAAUUUCUGCAGGAAGAACCUUCCAAGAAGAGAUGACACUAUCACCUUAAUCGAUGAAACGGGAGAAGAAUGGCCAACUGUGUACUUGGCUCAAAAAUGUGGACUUAGUGGUGGAUGGAAGAGGUUUUCUGUGGAUCAUGACUUGGCUGAUGGAGAUACAAUCGUGUUCCAUUUGAUUCGUCCAACAAAAUUCAAGGUAUAUAUUAUAAGAGUAAACAAUGCCAGUGAGACUGUAAGUACUGAAACCUCAACCUCAAGCAGUGAAGCCUCUUAAAAAUCCAGGAGAAGAAUGUUGCUGCUACGCGCUGUGUGCUUCUCUGUCUCAUAUUUUGUCGAACAACAUGUUUUUAGUAGAUCUAAACAACAACGAGGAGGAGGAUCUUGAUUCUAACAAGUCAUUGCUAGAUCAUUAGUUUAGUUCUUAGUAGAGUAGUAGUAGUACAUAAAAUCCAAGAAUGAUAGGUUUAAUGUUGCUCAUUUUGAUGUUCCAAGUUGGACUUGUACUCAAAAAUGCCAAUUUUAAGUUAGUUAUUAUGUUUUCACACGCACUUUUUCCAUUGUUUAUCAUUGCACAACGGAAAAUGGU